UCCUCCCUCAUCACAUGUGAUUGCUGGUUGAAUGACCUGUGUGGUCGCGCUGUUGAAAGAGCACGUUUCUGUCGUUUGACCUUGAAAUUGCCCAUCUUAACCUUCCGGGAGUAUUAUUGACUGAUUGAUGUUGAUAAAGAUGGAAAAAAGUUUGACAAAGUAUCAAGAUUGUUUUGUGAAAGUGAAUCAUUCAAGAUGGGAUUGAUUUUGGAUAUUCAUGCCUUAAUAUAUGGUCUUUCAAAGGGUGACAAGUUUCGAAUGGUGCUUACCAAAACGUUGUUGAAUGAACUGGGGACGGAUGCUGAUGACGAUGAUGAAGACGAUGCAGCAGAUGAAACUGAUGAGAAGCUAGCGAACAGCAAGAUGGCGGAGUUCGAUUAUGUAUGUUACGGGAAGAUUUAUCGGAUAGAAACCCAAGAUAGUGGAGUUGACUCGAGUAGAUUGUCAUGUUAUGUGUCUUUUGGUGGAUUACUCAUGCAACUAACAGGAGAUGCUAGCAAUUUGCAAGGUUUCCGUGUCGGAAAACAUUUGUAUUUAAUGAUAAAGAAGUUGGCAUUUUGAAUUCAUGAUUGUCUUUUUACGUGUACAUAAACCAUCAAGUCUCUCAUCCGUUGGAAAAACAGCCAAAAACCUGAUAUUUAUAUUCAAAGAUUUCUCUUGCCGUAUUUUUCAACUGUACUUAAAUUUGAGUUAUUUAUUAGCUGUUGUGUGUUGUUUACCUUAAGGACUAAUUAUCCCCUUAGAUUCAAGCAAAAAUGCAGUGUCUCUACAUCUUUUUUUUGGGUAGCCGGGUUCGCAACAUUCAUCCAUUAUUGGAUUUGUCUUAGCCUAUUGCUAAUUCGCUGCUGGGGUAGUAUGAUGGAAAGCUUGCGUAUAAACAUCUGAGAUAAAGAACAAGUGAAGACGGGUCAUUCACUUAGUGAUAAUAUAAAACAGGUUUGUAUUGAAUCGUGAGACCAACAAUACUCCGCGUUAUAUGUAUAGUAAUCCAAGCCGACCUGACAGUCGAGGCUAAAAUGUUACAUCUUGACUAGUUUAAGUAUUUAGUAGUUUGUUAUAAUCGGGCACAUAACUACACCUCAAUCUCCAUUAAACAAACUACUACGUAUCCUCUCGAUUCGAGAAGACCAUUUUUAUGCAGUGAUAAAGCGAACUGAAACGGUGAACAUGAGUCUUGAGCGAUAAUGUUCUUAAUACAUAGGACAAAACAUCAUGUUGCCCAGUCAUUUGCCUUCCCAAACACAUCACCGUUAGAACUAAUAGUAGGACAAAGACUUCGUCAAGUAGACGCUUCAGACAGUGCUUGUCUGUUGAGCUACAUGGCUUAAUUGCAGAGUCUUCGUUGGUGUUUUGGAAAACACCAGAGUCUGCUUCAUACAUAGACGCAGUCCCCCUAAAACCAAUAUCCUCUAACUUCCAUGGGGCUCGAUACAGUACUCUUAUCCCAAUCAAUAUCCAAAGGGCUAAAUCACAAAUCAAGCCUGACUUUCAGGUGGUAUCACUACUUUAAUCUUGUUUAGUAGCGCUAACUUAGGUUAGGUGUUUCUUUUUUGGCCGUCUACUCGGCAAGAGUAUUAGAGGUUAGUACAGAAAGUUUAGCUUCAAGUACAGUAAAGACUGCAACCCCAGAUUAGAGUGCAAAACGUAGCGUGCUUCAUCAACAUGUACUAAUAGUUUGUUGAUGGAACUUGUAGUUUUACAUUAAGGUCGUCUACCACAGUUCAUAUGGAUGUGGGCUCUAAUUUUUAAACGGAAUAUCACUUUUGUAUACCAUGUUCACACAUUUUUAUGAUUCUCAAUAGGCGCAAAGCCCAAGAACUGGAGACUGCAGAUUACCAAGCUUCUAAUUGUGAUUUCGUAUCAUUUGAUAAUCACGGAACUAGAUCGAUAAAAUCUGGUCAUUACCCGACUAGAUGGUAUAAUACAUUGGUCGGUUAGUAUUUACGGUUCUUACCAUUAAAUGAAAAGGUUAGUUGACAACAGGAUGAAAUCGAUGCUGGGUAGGUUGCUUGUGUGCGUUUACUAGGUUCAUCCGGAGACUACAGCUUGAAAGACCUAGCGACACCCCUUGCUUCAAGAUCCUGUGAUAUUUUCAUGGUUUCAUAUCAUGAAAAAAUUGUUUGCAUCUAUAUGUUCGAAAAGAAACUGAUGAAACCCGUCAAAUACAAAUUUGUAUAUUCGGCUUUGAACCUUGAUGCAUGUGACGGUAGUAAUGCUACCCAGCCGUCCAGACCGGAGUAGAAGUCAAACUUGUUGUCUAAUGGUUAAAAGUCGCACGUCUUGGCCACUAAGUCAUCGCUAUAAUAAGAAAAUGCAUCGCACUAUGAACACAAAAUACCAGUUUUGUGGACUCGUGCGAUGGAGAUUUGCGGAAUGUAAAACAGUCUUCAACUGCUCUUGUAGAGCUGUCUUCUGCAUAGUUACUGGCAGUAGGGACAUUCAAACAACACUUCGUGAGGCAUUUGAUGAGCCGUCAGGCAUUAUGAAGGUGAGCUUGCAGUUGGUUCAAUACCUCGAGCGAGACCUUUUUUGUGUGAGUCCAAAUGAUUAAAAUGAGUACCAAAAAAACAGCCCUCUCAUGUUAGCUUUCACAGUUGACUUGAGCAAAACUCUAACUUAUGUGCUACUUAAUAAUUCGACAGUGGCAUUGCUCUUCAAAUAUGACCCAACUGAUAACUAACUUGGAAAAUGAUUCGCUUUCAUGCGAUGGUUCUUUCUUGAAAGAUUCUGGUCAGUAUUUCUGUAGAAAAAUGUUAUCUCAACCCUAACAAUGAAUUUAGGCUAAGAAACGAAGUGUCGAUCAGUAAAGUUACAUACUUUAUGACCUUUACAGCCUUCAAUUUCCAAAGAAAGACGUACAGACAAAUAAGAACAGCGAUGAAACCAUCAUCUCAACCGUGAUAAAUAUAAUUGUAAAUAGUUGGAAGAGCCAUAACAUUACGAACACAUUUAGUCCCAAGUGUUCUAGAUAUGUGAAGGACCAAGUGCUUAAAAUAAAGUUUGGAUAUGAAGUUCUAGAUAUUAAUGUUGACAGGAAUUACACACUUACACCGAUAUUUAGGUUUUAAGUUCCUCCAUUCUAUGUUGAAUAAACUAGGUUCAUUUAUACAUUUAGGAAGUGGAACCAAUGAGUAAACUAAUCAAACACAGUAGAGUAAUGGGCAAGGUAAAUAAAUGGCUAUAUUAACUUGAUGAAACUGCCAUAAGAAGGACCAGUAAGUAAUUGCAACAAUGGUAGGCGUGAUAACAGCUAGCGUACUUAGAAUAACCAAUGAUGUAAAACUGCAGCUACAAUUUAGAGAAACAAUGCCACUGUCCUAGAAGUAAUUAUUUUUUGCUUACAAAUGUCGGUACACGGGUCCCUUUAAGGAACAGAUGGUCAUUCAUCAUCAACGUAGAACCUGGCGCACAUAUACACUGUCGGAAGUUGCCAUAUCUCAUUAGUAAGAUAAGAUGAAAUUAUAAAGAUGUUAACCAAAGUAGCAAAAGUAUCAGUGAUGGUAAGAAGAAAUAAUGUAUAACUGUAAAAUAAGAAAUUAGUCCGCGAAAUAAAAGAAUCCCAAAACUAAGUAUGUAAGGAAAGACAAAGAGUGGGUGUACCUACACCUUCUUACUUAACAUUCAUAACUACUAGUUACAAUAAUGCCGCGGAUGCCAACUAUACUGCAAUAUAGCUCAGUUUGAUAGUUAUUCCUCAAAAUAGGAUGUAAUGAAAACCACAUCUGUGUAAUACCACGCAUUGUGGCAAAAGUCUGUUACGCAACAUUAACGAGCACCCGAGGAAUAGUUUCUCCGGAUCAAUACCAUUUACUGCGAAGUAAAAUGUGAUUGGUUUGACCACGAAGUAGCAAGUAGAAGAGGUUGUUUUCCUGAAUGUUCGCCAACUAGAGUGGUUGAGGCCAAAGUUGUGGGUAGUCACUAACUGCUUAAACCACUUUUAGUUCACUUUGUACAUGUUCACAAUUGGAAACGCUCGAGGCAAACUUCUUAGGCACUCAGGUGAUUGGUGCCAAAUUAAUGUGGCAAAAGUAAAAUAUUUAUGAAGUUGCAGUUGUACAUCAACAGAAUUUGGUAAACGAAAAUGUUAUAUCCGAGUGGAGAUUAAAUUACAGGUAACUUCCGAGGACUAUUCAUGGACUAAUAUUCUUAUUGUAUAACUACUCAACAAUUACACUAUGUAUAUUUAUAUCCCUCUUAUGACAAGCUUUAUUUUGGCCUAUAAUUUAUUAUUGUACGAUUUACGGUUCUUAAGUUAUGUUCAGUUUAUUAACUACUGC